AUGGGAUAUAUGGCCUAUUCAUUCAGCCAACAUGCUAACAUCCUAAGUUUAGCAAGUGCUGUUAUACGUGACAGUGUAAUUGGUGACAAGAAACGCACCUUGAGUAACUUGAAAUCUUACCAACAAGCAGCACUGCGGUCAUCCAAAAUUCUUGUCAAAGAGGUUGAGAACAAGCUUAAGGAAUAUGGGGUGCUGGAACCUCCAAUCAAUUGGGAUGUGAUUGGCAGGCCUUUAGAGGAUGCAUUAUCAUACAAGAAUGAUAAUAAAACAUUGAUUGAAGUUGCAUCAAUAAUUGAGACAUUCUUGUUCAUGGUGAAACCUCCUGAUGAAUGGUUGCCAUACAUCAGGGCUGACAUAUCCUCAACAGAAGUUGGAAAUCGGUUGAUUCAUAAGUUGAAGGAUAAAUACAGUCAUGAUAGUCAACCAAUUGAACAAUCAAAGGCGUCAUCUGCGAAUACUUAUUCUUUAUUAGGUAUUGAAUGGAACAUUUGGAGAGAUAUAGAACUUGGUGGGGGUUGUGGUGUUAGUGAUAGGCAUAAAAAGCCAACAAAUCCUAACGAUCACCGUGGUGUACUCACAACACUUUCAGUUUCAUCUCCUAGAUCUUGGAGUCGUAAUUUUGGUGCAUUGUGGAGAUCUACUUGGUAUUGGCUUCGAUCAUCUGAAAACAAUGCUCAAAUAUAUCCUCAUAGUGAUUCUAAAACUUCAUUGAAUUUUUUCGCAGAUUCUUCAGUCACUAUAUCUGAAAAAAAGCUGGAACAAAGUCGUGUGAAAUUCGCUCGCCUUACUUAUACUCCAAUUUGUACAGGAUGUUCGAAAUGUUGGGAGAAGAAGUUAAUGAGUUAUAAAGAAUCUAGUCUCGAAGUAAAUACAAAGAAAUCAUCAUCUCUAUUAGGAAGAAUAUUUGGAUUCUCACUAAGCAGUAAUAAUAAAAAAUCAAAUAUUGAUGAAGUGAAAAGUAUAGAAAUUCAACAAGAAAUCAAAGCUAAGAGUUCCAUAGAUAAUCCUGCAUGUGGAGAACUAAAGGAAUUAAUCGUUGAAAAGGCUUCUGGAUUCACAAUCACUCCGGAAGGAGUAAGUCUGUGUAUGGCAGUAAAUUUAUGAGUUUUAUUGUUAUAAAAACAGAUUUGUACCAGUUUCAUCAUUAUUCAGUGACUUGAAUAGCUGUAAAUGAUAAUUUUUCUUUAUUGAUUUUUUUCCCAUCCUAUUUGUAAAAUGGAUAUCAAAUCAAUCUGUAUCUGUGUCGAAACACUAGUCAUUGGUUAAUGAGGUAGUGUAUCUUCACCGAUUGAGGUGAUUGCAACAUGUAUGCCCA